CUGUGAUGUAAUGGGUGGUUGGGUGUGGGCCACGCGGUGAAUGAACUUAUAGAAAGGAAACAAAUCCCAGUGUCGGUGAUGAAUGCUAAUGAUAAUACUCAUUCAUUAGUGGAACUCUAGCCUCUCAGAUCACAUCUUCAAAACUUGAAUUCAAAUUACUACCAGAGAUUCCAAAAACAAUACAACAACUCAAAAUCAUCUUCUUAUUCUACACCGAUAAGAUUAUAAUAAUAAUAAUUAACAACACUUUACUACUACACUUUUUAUCUAUUGCAGCGAGUGUGUUCUAUUCUACUUGCAUUGCAUUCACAUUCACAUUCACAUUAUCGUUUUCGCAAAUCUAGGGUUCGCAUUUCUUCAUCUCAGUAGAUCCAUAGCCGUGGAUCCUUUAUGCCGCUUCAAUUCCCGUGACUUCUCCUUCAUCGGAACUCUUCUGUGAAUUUUCAAAAUGCAUAUCGUCGCUCCUUUUACUCCCGGUCAGGUCUCGUUCUUGCUCGGGAUCAUUCCGGUCAUUAUAGCAUGGAUUUAUUCUGAGAUAUUGGAGUAUCGGAAAAAUUCUUUGAUGAAAUCUAGGCACUCCGAGAUAAACUUAGUUGAAUUGAGUAGUGAUGUUGUUAAAGAUGAAGACAGAGCAGUUUUAUUGGAAGCAGGAGCUCAACAACCAGUAUCCCCAACUUCAAAAGCUAGAAGUUUAUCCUCCUCGCCAUCAAUUAUCCGAUUCCUCUUGAUGGAUGAACAUUUCCUUAUUGAAAACCGUUUGACACUUAGAGCCAUGUCUGAAUUUGGUCUUCUUUUGGCUUACUACUAUUUGUGCGAUCGCACGGAUUUCUUUGGCUCAUCAAAAAAGAGUUACAAUAGGGAUCUAUUCAUCUUCCUCUAUUUUCUCCUCAUUAUAGUUUCAGCAAUAACUUCAUUUACAAUACAUCAUGACAAGUCGCCAUUUUCUGGGAAACCCAUACUUUACUUAAAUAGGCAUCAAACUGAAGAGUGGAAAGGCUGGAUGCAGGUAUUGUUUUUGAUGUACCAUUAUUUUGCUGCAACUGAAAUCUACAAUGCAAUCCGUUUGUUCAUCGCUGCAUAUGUUUGGAUGACUGGAUUUGGAAACUUCUCAUAUUAUUAUAUUCGUAAAGAUUUUAGCAUGGCUAGAUUUGCUCAGGUAUGCCAAUUUCUAGAAUUAUGUAUUGUUUCUAUUCACAUUUGGUCUGUACUGACUACUGACAGUAACAUGUUCCUUCUUUUUCUGGUUGGACAGAUGAUGUGGAGGCUUAAUUUCUUGGUAUUGUUCUGUUGUGUUGUACUUAACAACAGUUACAUGUUAUACUACAUCUGCCCCAUGCACACUCUUUUCACUCUUAUGGUUUAUGGGGCACUCGGUAUUCUCAACAAGUACAAUGAGAUUGGGUUAGUCAUUGCUGCAAAAUUUUUGGCUUGCUUCUUGAUUGUUAUCUUAGUAUGGGAGAUACCUGGAGUCUUUGAAUGGCUUUGGAGUCCGCUUACUUUCAUGCUCGGUUAUACUGAUCCUGAUCCAUCUAAAUCACAAUUUCCCCGCUUGCAUGAAUGGCAUUUUCGCUCAGGGCUUGAUCGCUAUAUAUGGAUUAUUGGAAUGAUAUAUGCUUAUUAUCACCCAACUGUCGAACGAUGGAUGGAGAAACUGGAGGAAACUGAAAUCAAACGCAGAAUAUCAAUCAAAGCUGCUGUCGUGCUAAUAUCUUCAGCGAUGGGUUAUUUUUGGUUUGAGCAUAUAUACAAGCUUGACAAGGUCACUUACAACAAAUACCAUCCUUAUACCUCUUGGAUUCCCAUAACGGUUUACAUAUGCUUGCGCAACGUUACACAAAGUUUUCGUAGCUUUUCGCUGACCCUUUUUGCAUGGCUUGGAAAGGUUACACUGGAGACUUACAUCUCCCAGAUUCAUAUCUGGUUAAGAUCAGGCAUUCCAGAUGGUCAACCCAAGUUGUUGCUUUCCUUGAUCCCAGAUUACCCAAUGUUGAACUUCCUGCUUACUACUUCCAUAUAUGUUGCAAUUUCCUAUAGGCUCUUUCAGCUGACCAAUACACUGAAAAUUGCAUUUGUGCCUAGCAAAGAUGACAAGCGUCUGAUACACAACAUAAUUACAGGGACAACAAUCUCGGUUGUUUUAUAUUCAUUAUCCUUUGCCUUCCUUACGAUACCCCAAAUCUUGGUUUGAUUGAGUGUUUAAACAUGUAUAGUAUAUGUUGCAAGCUUGUGCCAGUUUCCAAUGAACACUGAAAAAAGCUGUGCAACUGGUGCAGUUGGUUUGUCAAGUAUUUACAGAAAGAUGCAAAGUCUUCAUACUCCCUCUUCACUCACAAAAAAAAUCUACAAAAGGAAGAAGGAACCCUUUCUUUCUAAUAGACUAGUUGCUGCAAUUUUAGAAAGUUGUAUAAAAUAUGGGCGAGAAGAGGGCGGUGAAUGGCAUGUCUUUUAUUAGUUAUGCAACCUCAUUCUUUUUGUUAGUGUUGUAAAAUAAUGUCUCUACCAUUUGCCGAUUUAUCUAGUCUUUGAUUGGGAGUUAUGAGGGAAAGAGUUGAAGGGAAGAUAGGAGAAUCCCUCACUUUUUCUGGGAGUGUUCUUGAAAGGGUUAAAUUAGAAUACUAAGUAAUUUUUUUGUUCAGUUUAUUACAAAGGGGAUUAAUGAAUUUGAAAAUUUAUUCAAAAACCUUCAAAACUCUCCUUCAAUGCAUUUUCUAGUUCUCUA